UUGUCUGAUAUUUCUAUACAACCUAGUUUCUGUUGUAUAUUCUCAUAAUUUUAAUCUUUGGUUUUGGGUGUUUUUCUCUGAAUAACAUAUAGUUGUCUCUUCAUAGUCUUAAGGGUUUUAUCUUUUAUGGUGGGUGAUUUACUAAUAAUGAAUAUAAAUAAAUUAAUGAUAUAUCUUUAUUUUCCUCCAGUCAUCUUAUUUUAUGUAUCAUUUUUGUUCUGCCUUGAUUCUUUAUAACAUUUACCAUAUGAUUUAUUUCUUUUAAUUCCACCAGUAUUGUAAAAUUAAAUAUUUGUGUUUAAUUCUAUUGGUUAUUUUUACCAGCAAGCUAGCCAACUUCUCUUUAAUCUGUAAUUCUUCUCUGUUUGUUAGAAUCAUGAGUUGAAUAGUGAGAACUGUUUUCUGGUUCAAGAUUGUGGAUUUAGCACAUGUGGACUCACAGUCUUGUUUCUUCUUAAAUCCCGUUAAAAUAGAUUAGGUAGAUAUGAAGAGGUGUCAACUUAAAACAGCAAGGAGAAAAGGAAAGGAAGAGUUAAGGGUUAUCAGUAGACAUGUGAUUUGGCCACUUUUCUGGAAGAUGGAAAAUGGAUGUUGGUGGAUUAAAACCAUAGCCCAGAGUGUGCUGUAAGUAGACUGCAGUGAACUGGGAGUGCUACCACCCUGCUCUCCCCUAAAACCGCAGAGGGACUUUCAGGAAUAGUCUUACCAGGCAGGACAGAGAACAAGAGUAAGAAAUAGGAUUGACUAAGGUAGGGAGGGUGGGAAAGACUUAACUGAAGAUAAGUAUAUAAAACACCUGUGAUAAUACCCUCCCCGCUUCCUGCAUGCAGAAUAGGCUGGAGAGAGUGUAGUCAGGUGUAUAUACCCCCAAGAAAAAAAGAAGUCUCUUCUAAAGAGAUUAAGUGAAAUCAGUGGGGAGCUAGGACUUGUAGUGUGGGUUGUUGGCUCUGGAAUAGGGGUCAGCAGACUUUAUGUAAAGUGUCAGAUGGUGGAUAUUUUAAGAUUUGCAGGCCACAUAAGGUUAUGAUUUCAGUGGAAUAUGCCUCUUGUAGUUUUUGUGUUUGUUUUCUAUAACACUUUAAAAAAUAAAAGUCAUUUUAUACUGAAACAGUCUGACCUGUGAUCUGUAAUUCACUUCCACCCUGUUUAGGAAGAAGAUCCUCCUCAAUCUCUCAUCUGAUGGCUGUGCAGUUGGAAAGCUAGCUCCUUACCAGCUCUUCCUGAAAAUAAACCUGCCUGUCGAGUUUCUCCCUAGGCUUUGGGAAGAAACCUUGAUAUUACACCUGUGUUAAUAGGAAGCUGUUGAUUGAGAUUUCUGUUACAAAGUCUUCCUGUCAGGAGUAAGUCACUUUAUAAAACGAAAUUGAGAGCUUGUAAUCAUAGAGUGCUGUUUUUCAAUCUUAAACUUUUGACCAAGAAUGAAACUAUUUAAAAAUUAAGAUGCCAACAGAUCACGAAGAGCCCUGUGGUCCCAGUCACAGGUCAUUUUGCCUGAAUGGAGGGAUGUGUUAUGUGAUACCCACUAUUCCCAGCCCAUUUUGUAGAUGCACUGAAAAUUAUACAGGAGCUCGUUGUGAAGAGGUUUUUCUCCCAAGCUCCAGCAUCCAAACUAAAAGUGACCUGUUUGCAGCUUUUGUGUCAUUGACUAUUCUUCUAGGAACUCUUAUCAUUGGAGCCCUCUACUUCCUUUUCAGGAAGGGCCACCUUCAGAGGGCCAGUUCAGUCCAGUAUGAUAUCAACCUGGUGGAGACAAGCAGUACCAGUGCCCACCACAGUCAUGGAGAACACUGAAGAAAUAUCACACUGAACACAAUCAUUCCUUGUUUGUCACAAAGGCAGAAAAUGAAACUCCAUAAGGCCUUAUAUGACCUAUUCUGUCUCCACCAAUAAUUGAUCGCCCCAGGUAUCUGAGUCUGUAGUCACCUUGCGGCUUUUACAAGUAAUGCCUGCCAC